AUGGAAGACAACGCCACUUUAAGGCGGUUACUUGAACAAAUCGAAUUGAUGCAGCAACAACAUGCAGCAGCGAUGGAGACCAUGCGCAAACAACAUGAGGAUGUUUUGCAACAGUUACGUGCCGAGAAUGCAUCCUUUCGAGCCCAUGGGCAACAACAUCGUUCCCCAUCGCCACCACCUCGGUCUAGCCAUGUUCCAACGGCAACCGAAGAGCAUCAUUCCACGUCAGAUCCCACUUACGCUUCAGAAUCCUUCCGAACUCACCGUUCUACACAUACCCAUGCUAGUCGUGCAACAUACGAUCAUCAUUCUACUCGGCGUCAUCCCUUCGUGGAUGGCAUCAUGGAAGUUCCCCUACCACCGACAUGGAAACCAUUGAACAUCGAGCGUUACGAUGGAACAACUGAUCCUGAUGAACACAUCGACGCCUACGUCACUCAAGUCAACUUGUACACAAACGAAGACGCCAUCCUCUGUCGUGUCUUCCCAACCUCACUUAAAGGAGCCGCACUUAGUUGGUAUACCUAA